AUGAAAGCAGCAAUUGAAUGUUUUAACGAUUUUUUAUUUCUUGAGUGUUAUUUGUAAUAUCAGAAAACUUAUUAAUUAAUUUAGAGCUUGGAGCUUAGAAAUUAUAUGUUUAAUUUGCCUCGGAAUUGUUAUUUACUUCAUUUUGAGAAAACGAUGCAGAAUAUUAAACAGUAACUCUUCUAAAAUAUUAACACUAAUUAUGUUUUCGCUUAUUUGUAUGAUAUUAUAUAUUAUAUUAGUUUACUUUAUAUUCAAUCUAAAAAGAAUUCAUAGUACAUAUUAUUUUCUUGAAGAAUUAUUUUUCUAAUUUUACUAAGGAUGUUUAAUUUUCUAUUUUGGAAAAAAAUUAGUUGCAGCAUCAUCUUAAAGAAAAAACCUAAAUAUAAUUAGACUAAUCUUUAUUAUUCUUAUCAUCCUAGAUAUCAUCACUUUUAUCUUAUCAAUUGUAGAAGCAAAUUCCAAAGAAAAGAUGUGUAAAUGUAAGUUUAAGUAUUUAAAAUUAGAUUAGAAAUUUCAUUCACAGUUUUCAGAUCUGUAAGCUUGUUUACUUAGAUAAUAUUUUUAUUUGUUGUAUAAAAAUUGCACAAAAAGUUCCAAUAAAAUUUAUAGAGUCUUCUUAUAGAUGAAUAGUAAACCAAACGCUAAAAAUUACAUCUAUUUUAGUUAAAGUAUUUAUUAUUUAAAAAUUUCAAGAAUAUUGUGUUACAUAAGCUUAAUUGGAUCAAUAAUAUUAUUGAUAGUUAAUUUUUUAUAUAUGAUAUCCGAUGAUUGUAGAAUAAUUGGUCAUUUUGGAGAUGAAGGAGAAAACUUUUCAGAUGCAUUAAAUGCUCUAGUACAUGCUAUUGUAAAAUUAUUGACUUAUUUUGUGCCAAUAAUUAUAACUUUAGCUAUAUUUUAAACAAAGAGUAAAAAAGAAUUACAUGAUAAUUCAUAAUUAGAGGCUGAAGAUUUGAGUGGUCAAUCCUAUUUUAAAGGAUUAACUAUAAUAAAAUGA